AUGCAGCAGCACCUAGAAGAGGACUUUGAGCUACUUCAGAAGUAUAGAGCGAGAAUGUCCAUAAACAGCGCUCACGGCCGUGAUACAAGAAAACGACUUUGCAACAGGCUCGCCAUCGUCAGAGGCAGACGCCACCCUGAGCAGAUCGCACCUAACGGUUCUGCGGUGGAAAGCGUGCCUCACGAAACCGGGUCUGCAAAUGCGAAUUCGAUAAGCACACUGGUUGCCUGUAAAAGGCCCGCAUUCGGUAUCGAGCCUGUGGCCACCAGGCUUUGGGAUGCCUACGCGAGCCUCUUAAGUAAUCAAGCCAUGAUCCUGGCCAUGAAUUCCAGCUUUGUGGAUCCCUUGCUGCAGUUUGAAGCUCAGUUGACCAUGAUAGAGUCGUCCUUUAAAAAGACAUUUUCUAUACCGAGUUUUGACAAAUUGAGAGAAAUAAGCAGCCGCAACAACAACAAGGACCUGGAGAAUUUACACCAAAAUAUUUUAAACGUGUAUGAGGACACUCUUCUGAUCUUGGUGUCUAAAGACCUGUACAAACUGCAAAUCUUAAAGGAAAUGGCCGUGUGGAUGAGUGAAGAUACUUUCUAUCUGCAGGAGAGAGUCCUGGUGAUCAUCACCAGGGUACUAAGCUUUGCAUCCAGGAAAGCCAAAGGAUUCACAAGGGUGGACACUCCAUGUCUGGGGGCCCUGGCAGCCGAACUCUCUCUUUUAUGUUCCCAUACUGACCCGUCAAUCACACAGCAAGCAUCCUUCGGAAUGUAUCACCUCCUCUGCAUUGCAAAGUGUCAGCAUGCGGAACUUAUGAAAAAUGAAACUACAAGGCAUGAUAAGUCUGGUGAUUCCUACCUCCUGUAUCCUUUCUCCAAAGUCGAAUUCCUACCCAACCUCUUGAAACAAGACAAAGUCAACAUUGCGCAGAGCGUAGGACAAAGCUUACUGCCGUCCUUGCUGACUGACUUUGUGUGGCGUCUCUUGACGAAACUCUCCGCACCGGACAGUACAAUUGCAUUUGAGGCGGCCAUCCUACUGAAGCUGACUCUGGAGUACCACGCCCCCAAGGUCACCAUGGUGUCUAAGAUUGUGGAUGCCAUUUAUAAGCAGUUGUGCCAAAAUUCUUCUCACAUUAUGAAGCAUGCUAUGUUGCACGUCAUCACCCUGUUGACAAACGCAUCACCUAAGAAGGUCAUCUUUCAGCUAAUGGACUACCCAGUCCCAGCCGACGACACUUUGAUAAUGAUGUGGCACGCGGCCGGCUCUGAGUCCAAAGUGGCCCCUCAAGUGCUGAAGACAAUCCUGUUAAUACUGAAAGGGAAGCCUGGGGAAAUGGAGGACUACGUAAUGGAGAGAAGACGCCUCUCUAUCGAUUCCACGAACAUGAUGCCCGUGGCGGCAUCCCAAGCCCUGUGCACCUUGCUGCCCGUCGCUUCUUACAAGAAGGCGGUGGCCGAGCUCUUCCCUGAGCUCUUGAUGGCUCUCAUGCUUCAGCUCUUUUAUAGCAGCCACAUGAGUAUGGUGGUAAACGACGGUCUUUUCUACGCUCGGGAUGCCCUGCAAGUGCUGCUGAAUUGCUCUGGGCUGCAAGAGGUGGAGGUCGCCCUGAAGAAAAGGAAUUGCUGGAACCAGUUUUCCCACGAGCUGUUUCACCACCAUGGGAUCUACCUUGUGGCCAAAACCCUUGGCGACUAUAACUUUCCACAGUUCCCUGAGACCUUGCACUAUCUCUACAAGCUCUCGGUGGAAGGUCCGAAAAGGUCCGAGGACAGUGUCAUCACCGUGAUUUUCCUCACCGAACUUCUGAAUAACUUCUUCAAGGACCCAUUCCCAGAAGAAUUUUUAGUUCUCUUCAGAAACUGGGUGAAUGACUCCAAUCCUACCGUUAGCAAACUGAGCCUUCAGAAAAUCGCCAGCAUGGCACCAGUGAUCAACCAGAUAGAUAAUGUCUCCAGCUUUUUGCUAGCCAUCCUGGAUUCCUUCCUUUCCAAAGACAAGACUGUCGUAAUUCGAGCUCUGCUCACCCUUCGAAGACUUCUGGGAAAACUGGACAAGGUGACCUACUCCUCUCUGUGCAUCAGAAUUGCUUCCAGCUACUGCCCCCUGAUGGAUCACGGUAACGGAGGCAUUCGGAGUAUGGCCGUCCGACACUUUGGAGAAUUACUCAAGGACAUGAGUCACUACAGGUGGAUGCUGAAUCACGUGGUUCUCGGAGGCUUGGUGCCUCUGAUCCUGUUUCUGGAGGACACGGAGACAAGAGUAGUUAGAGCGUGUAAAUCUACAUUAGCCAUCUGUGCCUCAGAAUUAAAAUGGCCGAUGUCGUGUUUGUUUGACGACCAAAAUUACAGUUUUGAGCUGGUGGUACUCAACAUCUGUAACAAUCUCCUUAUUUCCCAUAAGGACUACAUUACGGAGUUGAUAGCUGACACCUUGGGGUUCCUCAGCAGCUCCAGAGCGUAUCUGAGGAGAGCAUCGGUUAUUUUAAUAGGCUACUUGGCAGCACUGGGUGGCCAUUUACUGCUCAAAGAUGAAAUUGACGUCAUGCUUGAAGCUAUUGAACGGGUGGUCCGGGAUGAAGACCCUGUGAUCAGGAAGUUGGCAGAAAUAACCCAAAUGCUCUUUAGGAGAGUAGCCCGAAAUCUGACCCCCACCAAUAUGAAACAAAGUUUCCAAAAACUGUUUCGCUUCAUCUAUAUCCCAAAAGUGAAGCCUCUUUAUAAUUAUAACUGGCCCAGCAACCUGACAGGCAGCCCUACGGGCACUAAAGAAAUCAAGAAUGACAAGGAAGGCCUCACGUAUGAGAAUUACGAGGACUACCUGCAAGACUGA